CGCAAGUAAUGGGAAAUGGACCCGACGGCAAUGAAAACCUCGCUACCCAGACAAACGAUGGGGUUGGGGUCUACAAUUCGGGUCAGGGGUCUGGGAAUUUACCUCCAAAACCCAUAUAGCACAGAAAUCCGUACGUGUAAAAGGCCAAUGGGAACAGAGGUGAGUUGGCGCGGGAAUCUCUUCUGGUAAAGGCUGAGAAAAAUCAUUUUAUAGAGUAGCUCUAAUUGAGGAGACCACCUGGGAUUUCGGG